AUGGCGUCUCCACUGGCGGACUUGACAAAUGGGACGGCAACGUCAAAUUAUUCAGAGCCAAACCCUCCGAAGCCAGGCAGCCUCAUCCGGGCGAGCACCGGAGAUUUUCAAGUUAGCGAGAAGAUAAUGGAGGCCGCAGCUCGCAACCGGUACAAAGGCCUGGAAGUAUUGCAGACUCUCCUCAAACACAAGGGCCACAUCACCAUCACAGACAGGAUUAUGGAGGCGGCAGCAGCAAACACACGAGAAGGCCCAGAGAUAGUCACGCUUCUGUUGAAGGGCCAGUCUUUCCGUAUCAGCGACGAGAUUUUGAAAGCGGCUGCUCAAAAUGAGUUUCUGGGUCCGGAGGUCAUGGAAGCGCUUCUGGAGCAUGCGCAAGACAAUAAAGGCGUAAGGAUAAGCGAAAGAGUCAUGAUCUAUGCGGCAGGGAAUACCGAAAAGGGUCCUGAAAUUAUGAAAGUGCUUUUGAAAUACGGGAAAAAGGCUGGCCUGAAGCUCAAUGACAGUGUCUUGGAGAUUGCGGCUUCGAAUGAGGACAGAGGACCGGAGUUGAUUGACGUCCUGUUGGAAUACAUGGACGACUUGGAGGUUAAGGAAUGA